AAAUGUUUCGCAGAUUCCUCACUGUUCUUUAUCGAUGCGUAGUAUUCCAUUGUGUAAAUAUAGCAUAAUUUAUUAUCCAUUCAUCUGUUAAUGGGCACCUUGGUUGCUUCCAUCUUUUUGCUAUUGUAAACAGUUCUUGCUUGUCUUUUUAAUGACCUUUUGCUUUCUUCAUGGAUGAUGUCCUUGGUGUCAUCCCACAGCUCAUCUGUUUUUUGGCCAUUAGUGUUCAAUGUGUCAAAUAUUUUCUUGAGAUGGUCUCUAAAUUCAGGCGGGAUAUACUCAAGGUCAUACUUUGGCUCUGUGGACUUGUUUUAAUUUUCUUCAGCUUCAGCUUAAAUUCGUAUAUGAGCACUGAUGGUCUGUUCUGUAGUCAUCCUCUGGCCUUGUUCUGACUGAUGAUAUCGAGCUUUUCUAUUGUCUCUUUCCUCAGAUGUAGUCAGUCUGUUUCCUGUAUUUUCCAUCCAAUGAGAGGCACAUGUAUAGUCGCUCUUUAUGUUGUUGGAAAAAGAUAUUUGCAGUGAAUAAGUCAUUAGUCUUGCAAAAUUCUAUCAUGCAAUCUCCGGUGUUGUUUCUGUUGUAGAUAGAUGUCUCUCGACAGUAGACCCUUGUUAUUUUUGGUGAUGGGAAAGGUAACACCGAAUGAGUGUAAACUGUUCAUGGCUUGACGAAGGUAAACAACGUCACUAAUGUGUAUGCAAGAAAAAAAGACUGGUAAUUGCUGUGAUAUAUAUAUAAUUUUACAGCAACAACAACAGCCAAAAACCAUGUGUUCAGGUGUGUUUGUGUGGAGCCCUCCUGGUGCUUUUAUUAAGAGCUUUUUCGCUGCUGACCAAAAAAAAAAAUGGUUGGCAGUUGGAAUCUACCAGCCACUUCUUGGAAACCCUACGAGGCAGUUCUACUCUGACCUGUAGCGUUGUUGUGAGUCAGAAUCAACUCCACAGCAAUGAGUUUGGUUUUGAUUUUGUAGGUAUAUAUGUAUAUUGGUAUAGGUGUAUGUAUAUAUAUGUGGAAACCCUGAUGGGGUAGUGGUUAAGAGCUACGGCUGCUAACCGAAAGGUUGGCGGUUCAAAUCCACCAGGUGCUCCUUGGAAACUCUAUGGGGCAGUUCUACUCUGUCCUAUAGGGUCCCUAUGAGUCAGAAUUGACUCGAAGGCAGUGGCUUUUUUUAUGUUGGUAUAUAUAUGUAUAUGCAUGUAUGUAUACGUAUAUAUGUAUAUAUGCAUGUAUGUAUGUAUUCGUAUAUAUUCACAUAUGGAUAGUGAAGCACAUAGGGUGCAUAGUUACAUAGACUUCUUAGACAUAACCGAACAGUUUUCAGGAUUGGUUUUCUGGGUUUGAAGGCUUAGGACCAUAGUCUCGUGGGACAUCCGGUCAAUUGGCAUAAUAUCGUUCGUAAGGUUUAUGUUCUACAUCCUCCUUCGGUAAGUAGUGUCUGGGCCCUUAAAAGCUUGCAGGUGGCCAUCCAAGUUACAGCUAUUGAACUCUACUCAUCCAGAGCAAAAGAAAAAGUAGUAAAUGAAAGACUCGAUAAGAAACUAGUCUACAGGACCAAUACUCUACAAAAACAAUGGUUUUCAUCUUCGCUGAGACCAGGAAGACUAUGUGGUCCUGGGCCACCACUACCGACCAUUCUGAUCAGGCCACAAGAGAAGGAUCAUGAUAGAAUGGGAGGAAAAUGUGAAACACGACCUCAAAUCUUUAGAAACAAUAAACAAAAACAAAACAGACUUACUAGACCAGUUGAGACUGGAGGAUUCCCCAACACUAUCACCCUGAGAUGCUCUUUAAACCUUCCACCGAAACUAUCCCCUGAGGUGACCUUGUAGCCAAAUAAUAGAUUGGCUCACAAAAUAAUAUCAGCUGUGAGUACUGUGCUCCUUUAAAAAAUUAUCUGUAUGAGACCAAAUGGUCAACAAUUAGUUUAAAACAAAGGUGAGAAUGUAAGGGGGCGGGGAAACUAGAUUAAUGGAAAAAUCGUAACAGAUAUAAUGAGAAUGUUCAAGCAUUGUGAAGAAUGUAACCAGUAUCGCUGGACAAGUUGUUUAGAAAUUGUUGAAUGGAAACCUAAACUGCUAUGUAAACCUUCACCAAAAACAUAAUAAAAUAUUCCUUUAAAAAAAAAAAAGCAUUUAGCUGAUUUUUCUCAUAAUUGCCCAUACUAGAGAUGCCCAGUUUCUCAGAAGGGUUGAAGUUAAGUUCAAAUAGGGGGACCUUUUUUUCUUUAACACAUGUCAUUUUUAGUGGAAAACAAACGGCUUUUUAAAAUUUUUCUUAAACUAAAGUGCAAUAACCCCAGAGAUCUGAGUACAGUUAAAAAUCUCCCAAAAGGAGAGAGUUAAUUAAGGCAUCGGACUUAGUUUACUCAAAGUAACUUCUUGUGGAGUCAUGGUGCAGACCCUGGGACAAACCCUGAGAAGUAAACCCUUGGAAUGUUCAUAAAAUUAAUGAUUAAUGGUGCUGUCCUGUACACCCCAGGAGAUGACAGACCAGUGACAGAGGAAAUCAGUGGCCAGCAGGGUUGAUGAGUGAUGUGAGGCUUACUGAGCAAGAGCUGAUUGCAGUUAGGUAGCGUCAGAACCGCAAGUGGAGAGGAGCUCCUUGAGGCUGCCCAAGUAUACAGUUUUUAAAGGCAUCUAGAGGAUUUCCGUUUGGGAUGUUACAAUGUCCGAGUCUUAAGUAUUUCCUUAAUUAAAGGGAGAGUCUUAUAAGGUUGGUUUUAUAGGUGUACUCGUUUGUCGGGAUUGUUUGUGAUCUGUAGGGUAACUCAGAAGCAUCCUUCAAUGUCAGGUGGUUUUUCUGGAAAAGUCCUUCUGUUUAGAACAUUUUUAAAAACUCCCUAUUCUUGGGAAGUUUGUACCUGGCAUAAACGGCCAUUAAUUUUUAUUCAACACCAGCUUGUCAGAAUAGUUGGAUGUAAAUUUCAAGAUUUAUGAUACGCACCUGGCAUUUAUGUUGGCGUUUCUAAGUACCAGAAUGAGCCUAUGGGAUCUACUUCUACAAUAGCUCCAGACCCCAAGACCGACAGGGCUUUGCAGAAGUGUGCCUGCGGUACACAGGUGAAAAGGAAGCAUAGGAAGCAGGUCUGCUAUUGUGAGACCUUCUACAGGGUAGUUGUAGGCCCCCAGAACACCUCCCUAGUCAGCUUGUUAGUGAGUGGGGCUGUUAGUAGGAGAAGGGUUGGGAAUAGGUGAGCAUUUAAAGUCUUAGAAAAACAAAGAUGAAGCUCUGUGAUACUACUUGAAAUGACCUCACUUUCUGGAGAGCUGUAAGGCUAGAUUUAGGGGAAGGGAGCCAAGUUUGGAGAUUAAUGUCUCCAGGCCAAGCUAAACUGAUGGUUAAUUUUAUUUUCAAAUGACAGAAGGAAGAAAGAUAAAACCUACUUACUGUGUGUGUGGAUUUGUUCAAUGAGAGUAAAAUAAGUUCACUGUAGAAUUUGGAAAAUAGAAGCACAGGAAGAAACUGGAAAUCACCUGUAUCCCAUCACUUGCAUAGAGGCCCUGAGGUUUAGCCUGAACACCGGGAUCCUGUCGAUUCUGAAAGACCAGGCUAUGGAAGCUAUGCUCCUGACAGCCAGGUGGAAGGAGUUGCUGUCAUUUGAGGACGUGGCUAUGUCCUUCACCAGAGAGGAGUGGGAAAACCUAAACUCAGCCCAGAAGUACCUCUACAGAGACGUUAUGCUGGAGAAUUACAGAAACCUGAUCUUCUUGGGUAAUGACUUGGGCUUUAAGACCAAAGGGAUUGAGACUGAGCUCCGGGACAUCUCUCUACAGCUCACUAACCACCACAUCCCAUUUACUUCCCCACGAGUAGGAUUUCAGUUCCCCAAACCUGAGGUGAUCUCUCAGCUGGAGGACUGGGAAGAGCCAUGGACCCUGGAUCUACUAAGAGCUGGGAACAGGAAGGCUUCCAGUAGUGCCUGCCCAGGUUCUGAAGCCAGAUACAAGACGAAAAAGCUAACUUCAAUGCAGACAGUUUCUGAAGAAUUAGUAUCAGAUAAGGUAUCAGUAGUACAGCAAGAGAAGGCCAAGAAAACCUCUGAAAGAUUACAUAAAUGUGAUGAAUUUGUGGACAAUUUCAGACUUGCACUCCCUACUUGUGGUGACGAAUGUGAGGAGGGCUUCCUUGAAAACCUUAGUUUUAUUGAAGAUCAGAAUGCUCGAACAAAGGAGCAGGGCAGAUACGAAUAUGGGAAACCCUUCAAUCAGAGGCCAUUGCUUUUUAGGCAUAAGCAAAUUCUUACAAGACCAAAACAUUACGAAUGCAGUGAAUGUGGAGUGGUCAUCAGGCAUGAGACAGAUUUUGUUCGACAUCAAAGAAUUCACACUUCAGAGAAUCCUUUUGAGUGUAACAUUUGUGGACAAACCUUCAAACAGAAGUCAUCUCUUAUUGUCCAUAAAUGUCACCCGCCAGAUAAACCAUACAAAUGUCAUGACUGUGGAAAGUUUUUCCGUCAGGUCUCAUAUCUUGUUGAACAUAAGAGGAUUCAUACCAAAGAAAAACCCUAUAAAUGUAGUGAAUGUGAGAGAACAUUUAGUCAGAAUUCAACGCGUAUUAGACAUCAGUUAACCCAUAGUGGAGAAAAACCCCAUAAGUGCCUUGAAUGUGGAAAAGCCUUCAGUAGGCAGUCAACCCUUAUGAGCCAUCAACAAAUUCAUACUAGAGAGAACACGCAUAGAUGUAGUGAAUGUGGGCAGUCCUUUGGUCGGAAUGUAGAUCUCAUUCAGCAUCAAAGAACCCACACCAAGGAGGAGUUUUUUCAAUGUACAGAUUGUGGGAAAACGUUUAGUUUCAAAUCAAAUCUUCAUCGACAUAAGGUCAUUCAUACUGGAGAGAGACCCUAUAGGUGUGACAAAUGCGGAAAAUCUUUCAAUCGGCGCGCAAGCCUUAUUAAGCAUCAGGGUACUCACAGAGGACAGAUAUCUACACGAUGUUAACAGGAAAAGCUACCAUUUAGAGAUCAGAACUUAAUCACUACUGCAAGCAUAUAUAAUUUGAUUAUUUCCUGAAAUGUAAUAAAAAGGAACUGAAAUGGUA